GGAGAGAGAUUGCGCAUGUUGGUCAGUCGUGUUUUAAAGAGUACAGUGCGGGGAGGCUGAGAGGGGCGCAUGCAACAACUUUUGGAAGGAUGGAAGAGAAGAGGCGAAAAUACUCCAUCAGCAGCGACAACUCUGACACCACUGACAGCCACACUACUUCUGCUUCAAGAUGCUCCAAACUGCCCAGCAGCACCAAGUCGGGCUGGCCCCGGCAGAACGAAAAGAAGCCGUCAGAGGUGUUCCGGACAGACCUGAUCACAGCCAUGAAGAUCCCAGACUCGUACCAGCUCAGCCCGGAUGACUACUACAUCCUUGCAGACCCGUGGCGACAGGAGUGGGAGAAAGGAGUACAGGUGCCGGCAGGGGCAGAGGCCAUCCCAGAGCCCGUGGUGAGGAUUCUCCCACCGCUAGAAGGCCCUCCUUCCCAGGUGCCCCCAAGCAGCUCCGAGCCCGGCGAGGGUUCCCAUCCUGACUGGCCGGGAGGCAGCCGCUAUGACCUGGACGAGACUGACACCUCCUGGCUGGAGCUCAUCAACUCGGAGCUGAAGGAGAUGGAGAGGCCCGGGCUGGACGAGCUCACGCUGGAGCGCGUGCUGGAAGAGCUGGAGACGCUAUGCCACCAGAACAUGGCGCGGGCCAUCGAGACCCAGGAGGGGCUGGGCAUCGAGUACGACGAGGACGUGGUCUGCGACGUGUGCCGCUCUCCCGAGGGCGAGGACGGCAACGAGAUGGUCUUCUGUGACAAGUGCAACGUGUGCGUGCACCAGGCAUGCUAUGGGAUUCUCAAGGUGCCCACGGGCAGCUGGCUCUGCCGGACAUGCGCCCUGGGCGUCCAGCCGAACUGCCUGCUGUGCCCCAAGCGAGGAGGGGCCCUGAAGCCCACCAGAAGUGGGACCAAGUGGGUGCACGUCAGCUGCGCCCUGUGGAUUCCUGAGGUCAGCAUCGGCUGCCCGGAGAAGAUGGAGCCCAUCACCAAGAUCUCUCACAUCCCGGCCAGCCGCUGGGCUCUGUCCUGCAGCCUCUGCAAAGAGUGCACGGGCACCUGCAUCCAGUGCUCCAUGCCCUCCUGCAUCACGGCAUUCCACGUCACCUGCGCCUUCGACCACGGCCUGGAAAUGCGGACUAUCUUAGCCGACAACGACGAGGUCAAGUUCAAGUCCUUCUGCCAGGAGCACAGUGCUGGGGGCCCGCAGACUGACCCCACCGCCGAGCCCGCCGAGCCCAGCCCAGCUAGUGAGGACCUGGAGAAGGUGACCCUGCGUAAGCAGCGGCUGCAGCAGCUGGAGGAGGACUUCUACGAGCUGGUGGAGCCGGCCGAGGUGGCCGAGCGGCUGGACCUGGCCGAGGCGCUGGUCGACUUCGUCUACCAGUACUGGAAGCUCAAGAGGAAAGCCAAUGCCAACCAGCCCCUGCUGACCGCCAAGACCGACGAGGUGGACAACCUGGCCCAGCAGGAGCAGGACGUGCUCUACCGCCGCCUCAAGCUCUUCACGCACCUGCGGCAGGACCUCGAGAGGGUCUGCCCAAGCCUCUCCUUCUGUACCUCCGAGCCUCCACCACAGCAGUGGGCCGGGACCCCAUCCCUGCCCUAUUGGCUGCCCUCUGGCCCACUGGUGGGUGAGGCCCUGGGUUGGUGGAGGAUUCCUGGGGUCAUGUGCAGUGGUUCCAACCAACCGAGGCCACAUCGGGUAACGGCCCCCCUGACCCCUCUGGCUGUCCCCCGUGCAGAGCGGACUGGAAGGCGAGCAAAGGGCAAGAAAAACGACCCCAAAAGAAAAGGCCGUGAGGGCCCCAAGGGCAGCCCGGAGAAGAAGGAGCAAGUGAAGGCGGGCCACGAGUCUGUGCUGGGACAGCUGGGCCUGUCCACACCGUUUCCCAUCGACGGCACCUUCUUCAACAGCUGGCUGGCGCAGUCAGUGCAGAUCACAGCGGAGAACAUGGCCGUGAGCGAGUGGUCGCUGAGCAACCGGCACCACGAGGACCCAGCCCCGGGGCUGCUCUCCGAGGAGCUGCUGCAGGACGAGGAGACGCUGCUCAGCUUCAUGCGGGACCCCGCACUGCGACCCGGGGACCCGGGCCGCAAAGCCCGCGGCCGCACCCGCCUGCCUGCCAAGAAGAAACCGCCGCCCCCACAGGAUGGGCCGGGUCCGCGGACCACCCCAGACAAACCCCCCAAGAAGCCCUGGGGCCAGGAUGCAGGCAGUGGCAAGGGGGGCCAAGGACCCCCCACGAGGAAACCACCACGGCGGACACCUUCUCACCUGCCGUCCAGCCCAACGGCCGGGGACUGUCCCAUCCCCGCGGCCCCCCACAGCCCACCCCCACUGGCCCCGGAGACCCCAGAAGAGGCAUCCCCCACGGCUGCCGACUCAAAUGUCCAAGUGCCUGGCCCAACGGCGGUGAGCCCCAAGCCAAUGGGCCGGCUCCGGCUGCCCCGAGAGAGCAAGGGGAGCCGGAGGUUGCCGGCGAGCAGGCCCGAUGCUGGGACAGGACCGCCUUCUGCUGUGGCCGAGAGGCCAAAGGUCAGGCUACACUUUGACCCGGAGACUGAUGGCUACUUCUCAGAUGGGGAGAUGAGCGACUCAGACAUCGGGACGGAGCACAGUGGGGUGCAGCGGGGGCCCCGGGAAGCAGGGGCUGAGGAGGUAGUCCGCGUGGGUGUCCUGGCCUCCUAACUGCCCCCUCACCCUGCCCUGGUCACCCACGAGGCCUCAGCCCAGUAACAACUGCCAUUCCCAGUCUCUGCUGAGUGCCCCAACCCCCUGAGGCUGCCCCCCGUUAUGGUUUUAGUUCCACUAGAGUUUCCGGUUCCACUCUUGUCUCUCCUCUCUGCUGGCCUAGGACGCCAGCGCUCCUCCACGGCUCAGGCCCCAGGGGCCCUGCCAGCUCCUGCCAGGGCAGCCUUCCUUGCCCAGGCCCUCGCCCGCGGUCCCGGGCGCCUAGGUAGACAUAGGCAAGGUGACGAGAGCCCAGGAUCCCAGGCUGCUGCCACUGGGGGGCACACACACUUGUUAGGGCAUUAUUUCCUGGCAGAUGGGCCAACCCUGGCCUGCCCCGCCUUGCCCCCCAAUCCCAAUGGAAUCCAUCUGGGGGGCUCCUGCUGCACUCCACUGAUCCCCAAGGAAGUAUACCACGUGACUCCCCGGCCAGAGUCUACUCGCAGUCACAAGCACAACGAGCCUCUAAGAAAAGCACUGAGGGGUGCCGAGGGCCCGCCAGCGGGUUCCAGGGGAGCCCAAAGCCGUUCCUGACCGACCCAACGACGUCUGAGGUCUGCCCGCCACCCUGCACCCCUCCCUCCCUUGCUGCUCCUCCCCUGCCAGCAGCGCCCAGACCAGCCCAGCCCAGCCCAGCCCGGCGGGUCUGGGAAGAGCUUCCCAAGAUCCUUCCUAGGCUGCGCCAUUUACUCAGGGGAACUCCCAAAACAGCCAGCCGCCAGUGCAGGCCAGGAGCUGCAAGGGAGGGCCAGUGCCCAAACGUGGGUUGCCCACCAAGCCCACCACAGAGCAGCACUCCGGGGCUCCUACUUCCUUCGCCCUUUGGGGCCAGUCUCGGCCUAAGUCUGGUCCCUCGCAGACAGCUGACCAGACCAGACCGUUUGCCUUUUCCUGUUUCUCAGUCCUGCUAAGAGAUGAGCUUCUUCCUCGGUUUCCUUUAGGAAACUCGUCCUUCCAACAAGCAGUGGGAUCCCGGGGCCCGGGGCAGGCCAGUGUGGGCCUGCCAGGGUUGGUUGAAGGCUCGCUGGA